UGGAAGGCUGCCAGCAGCAACCCCGUCUCCUCCUCCUAACUGCAGUCAGUCAGUUCAGAGAUGCCUCAGCUGAUUCUUCUCUCAUCACCUGGGUCUCAACUAGUCAAAUGACCUGCCUGGAGGGUGAGCGGAAGGGACAUUCCCCAUGCCUGGCACCGAACGUCUGAGCAGGAGAUGCAGGAGGAGGAUGCACAGCAGGUGCAGGCAGUACUUCUCGGCAUAACAAACUCGAGAGGCUCCGUUGAGGGUGACAAGAGACCUGCCCGUAGCUGGGAGUGGCAGGCAAACCAGAAUGCUACCGCCAGAGCUGAAUGGAGUCUGCCCUGAUGAGGGAGACAGCUACGUUGUGCAUUCCAAGAUCUGCGACCUCAAAAUGGUUCCCAACCUCAGACGCAGCAAUAGUGGCUUCUGUAAAAGCAAGAGGAAGGCUCACUUUGCCACUGGCAAUAAUGAAAAGGAGAAUCUCAGCUCGUGGAUUCCUGAAAACAUCAAGAAGAAGGAAUGUGUGUACUUUGUUGAAAGUUCCCAAAUGUCAGAUACUGGCCAAUGGCCGAUGAGCAAGCUGGGCAGGAGAUAUAACCUCCCUAGGAGCUGGUGUUGGGCAUUUUCAAAGAGGGUCAUGUGUGAGUGUGGUUACCCCAGGGAACAGCACCUGGAAGAGGCUACAAAGUCAUCUGUUUUCCUGGGGAAAGAAUGGGACCCCAAGAGGCACAUCCAAGAAAUGCCGACGGACGCGUUUGGUGAUAUCAGCUUUGCAGGUCUGGGACCAAAGGUGGGAAAGUAUGUGCGCGUCUCGGUGGACACCCCUCCAUGCAUUAUCUACCAGCUGAUGACUCAGCAUUGGGGCCUCGACGUGCCCAACCUGCUCAUCUCUGUGACUGGGGGAGCUAAGAACUUCAACAUGAUGCCAAGGUUGAAGAACGUCUUCCGACGGGGGCUGGUCAAGGUGGCCCAGACAACAGGUGCCUGGAUCAUAACAGGUGGGUCCCACGCUGGUGUGAUGAAGCAGGUGGGAGAAGCUGUGAGAGACUUCAGCAUGAGCAGCAGCUGCAAAGAGGGCGAAAUUGUCACCAUCGGCAUAGCCACCUGGGGGACCGUGUACAACCGUGGCAGCCUCAUCUGCCCCAUGGGUGGCUUCCCGGCUGAGUACGUGCUGGAUGAGGAGAGCCAGGGGAACCUGUCCUGCCUGGAUAGCAACCACUCCCACUUCAUCCUGGUGGAUGACGGGACCCAUGGCAGAUACGGUGUGGAGAUUUCCCUGAGGACCAGACUGGAGAAGUUCAUUUCCGAGCAGACUAAGGUGAAAGGAGGAGUCGCCAUCAAGAUCCCGAUCGUCUGUGUAGUGUUGGAGGGAGGACCCGGGACGCUCGAUACAAUCUACAAUGCGAUCACCAAUGGCACCCCAUGCGUGAUAGUGGAGGGGUCCGGGCGUGUGGCCGAUGUCAUUGCGCAGGUGGCCAAUCGGCCUGUUCCAGAGAUAACCAUCUCCUUGAUCCAGAAGAAACUGAGCAUCCUCUUCCAGGACACCUAUGAGCUCUUCACCGAGGGCAAGAUCGUGGAGUGGACCAAAAAGAUCCAAGACAUAGUGCGGAGCAGGCAGCUCCUGACCAUUUUCCGGGAGGGCAAAGAUGGCCAGCAAGAUGUGGACGUGGCCAUUCUUCAGGCACUGCUCAAAGCCUCCCGAAACCGCGACCACUUUGGCCACGAGAACUGGGACCACCAGCUGAAGUUGGCAGUGGCCUGGAACAGGGUGGACAUUGCUCGCAGCGAAAUCUUCACAGAUGACCAUGAAUGGAAGCCUGCAGAUCUGCACCCCGUGAUGGCCGCCGCCCUGAUCGCCAACAAGCCGGACUUCGUGAAGCUGUUCCUGGAGCAGGGCGUGCGCCUGAAGGAGUUCGUCACCUGGGACACCCUGAUCUACCUCUACGAGAACAUGGCGCCCUCCAGCCUCUUCCACGGCAAGCUGCAGAAGGUGCUGGUGGAGGAGAAGGAGCGCUCGGCAUUCUCCAAGGUGCCGGGGAUCCAACUGCACCACGUGUCCCAGGUGCUGAGGGAGCUACUGGGCGACUCCACGCAGCCGCUGUACCCGAAGCCCAAGCACGCCGAGCGGCACCGGCUCUCCAUCGCCGUCCCGCACAUCAAGCUCAACGUGCAGGGAGUGAGUCUCCGCUCCCUCUACAAGCGCUCAGCCGGCCGGGUCACCUUCACCAUGGACCCAGUCAGGGACCUCCUCAUUUGGGCUAUUGUCCAGAGUCGCAAGGAGCUGGCAGAAAUCAUCUGGGCCCAGAGCCAGGACUGCAUUGCGGGGGCUCUGGCCUGCAGCAAGAUCCUGAAGGAGCUGUCCAAGGAGGAGGACGACACGGACAGCAUGGAGGAAAUGCUGACCCUGGCAGAGGAGUAUGAGCACCGAGCCAUCGGUGUGUUCACAGAGUGUUACCGCAAGGACGAGGAGAGAGCCCAGAAGCUCCUCAUCCGCGUCUCGGAGGCCUGGGGCAAAACCACCUGCUUACAGCUGGCGCUGGAGGCCAAGAACAUGAAUUUUGUGUCCCACGGAGGCAUUCAGGCCUUUCUGACAAAAGUCUGGUGGGGGAAGCUGUGCGUGGACAAUGGGCUCUGGAGGGUGAUCCUGUGCGUGGUGUUCUUCCCCCUCAUCUACACCAGCUUCGUCACCUUCAGGGAGAAGAGGCUGCAGCCCAUGAGCUGCCUGACACGCACCCGGGCCUUCUUCACGGCCCCCGUCGUCAUCUUCCACCUGAACAUCCUCUCCUACUUCAGCUUCCUCUGGCUCUUCGCCUACAUCCUGAUGAUCGACUUCCAGCCGACGCCGUCCUGGCGGGAGUAUGUCAUCUAUUUUUGGCUCUUCUCCCUGGUGUGCGAGGAGACCCGCCAGCUGUUCUAUGACCCCGAUGGCUUUGGGUUACUGAAAAUGGCUUCCUUGUACUUCAGUGAUUUCUGGAACAAACUGGAUGUUUGUGCCAUCUUGAUCUUUAUAGCAGGGCUGACCUGCCGAUGGAUCCCAUCCACUUUAUAUCCAGGACGGAUCAUAUUGUCUCUGGCUUUUAUUAUUUUCUGCUUGAGGCUGAUGCACAUUUUCACAGUCAGUAAAACUCUGGGGCCCAAGAUCAUCAUAGUGAAGAGAAUGAUGAAGGACGUCUUCUUCUUCCUCUUCCUCUUGGCUGUCUGGGUUGUGUCCUUCGGCGUAGCCAAGCAAGCUAUCCUGAUCCAUAACGAGGAGCGUGUGGACUGGAUCUUCCGGGGCGUCGUCUACCAUUCCUACCUGACGAUUUUUGGGCAGAUCCCUUCCUACAUCGACGGAGUAAACUUCAAUCUGGAUCAGUGCAGCCCGAAUGGAACAGACCCCUACAAGCCCAAGUGCCCUGAGAGCAAUAAGGACAAGCGGCCCGUCUUCCCCGAAUGGCUGACAGUCAUCUUGCUCUGCCUGUAUCUGCUCUUCACAAACAUCCUCCUCCUCAACCUACUCAUCGCCAUGUUCAACUACACGUUUCAGCAGGUGCAGGAGCACACCGACCAGAUCUGGAAGUUCCAGCGGCACGACCUGAUUGAGGAGUAUCACGGCCGGCCUGCUGCUCCCCCGCCCUUCAUCCUCUUCAACCACUUGCAGCUCUUUGUCAAGAGGGUCCUGCUCCGGCAGCCGGCGAAGCGGCACAAACAGCUCAAAGAAAAGCUGGAGAAGAAUGAGGAAGCGGCCCUUCUCUCCUGGGAGACGUACCUGAAGGAGAACUACCUGCAGCACCAGCAGUGCCGGGAGAAGCAGAACAUGGAGCAAAAGAUCCGAGAUGUCGCGCAGAGGGUGGACGUAUUGGUGGAAUUGCUGGAUUUGGAUCGGGUGAAGAGGACCGGUCUGGUGGAGCAGAGGCUGACUGGUCUGGAAGAGCAGAUGUCCCAGACUGCCAAGACCCUGGCCUGGAUUGUGCGGGCCCUGCGUGGGAAUGGAUUUGGUUCAGAGGAGGACGUGCCCACCAUGGUCCCCAGCAAAGCCCCAGAGCUGAAGGAGUACGGCUCGGAGGAGAAGCCAGAGGAGACGACGGCUCUGUACCAUGUGAGCGCCCGCAACCUCCUCUAUCCCAGCUCCUCCACAGUCCGUUUCCCGGUGCCGGAUGAGAAGGUCCCGUGGGAGGUGGAGUUCCAGAUCUAUGACCCUCCCUUCUACACAGCAGACAGGAAGGAGGUGGCUGCGAGCGAUCCUCUCAGAGACUCCCUGGAGGCUCUUUCGAAGAUAAACUACAAUGCGAUGGACGGACUGAUCAACCGACAGAGCUUCCACGGCACGUAUGCCGUCCAGAACAGGCUGCCGCUGAAUCCUAUGGGCAGGACGGGGUUACGAGGCCGAGGAAGCCUACGCUUCUUUGGACCGAACCGUGCGCUGCACCCCAUAGUGACGCGCUGGAGAAGGAAUAUGGAUGGAUCCAUUUAUAGAAAGAGCCUAAAGAAAAUGCUGGAGGUCUUAGUUGUCAAGUCUCCUGUGUCAGAUCACUGGGCUCUGCCAGGGGGAUCACUGGAGCCAGGGGAAUCGCUGCCACUGAAGCUGAAGCGGGUCCUGAGGAGGGAGUUCUGGCCACAGUUCCAGAACCUGCUGAACCAAGGUGCAGAGGUAUACAAAGGCUACGUCGAUGACCCCAGGAACACGGACAAUGCUUGGAUCGAGACAGUGGCCAUCAACAUGCACUUUGAAGAUCAGAGCGAUGUGCAGAUGAAGCGGCUGAAUUCGUUUCUCCAGGGCAGCGACCCAGAGCCAUGUGUCUGGUGGCAGCUGGUGGACAAGAGAAUUCCGCUGUACGCAAACCACAAGGAACUGCUGCAGAAGGUGACUGCUCUUUUGGGAGCCUAUUACUGAUGUUACGGCGGCCACCUGGGAUGGAUUUUCCGGAGCUGGGAGAAGUGUCAUGGAGAUCUGCCUGCCUGGUCCCCUUGUCUCCAGUUGCUCUAGACUGGGGCUUUGGGUGUGUACCUUGGCUUAACGCUCCAAGCUCAGCGGGACUGUUGGUAACAUGCCAUGCUACAUGACUCUCCUUCUCACUGUCUUGUAUCAUUACUUGCGAGUGAACGUAGCACUCUCGUGAGACACAGAUGGCAGCGGCUUGUGCCAAGCCCUCCCCCUUGCAGGAGUUGCCCCACACAGCUCUGCCAAUGCUCUGCCAAUGCUGGCAACUUCCCCUUUUGUUGUGGCCUUGGCUUUCUCCUAGGCAGAGCCUGACGCUUUGGCUGAGUUAGCAGUGAGUUUGGGACCUGGAAAGCACAAGUGGGACCUGGAAAGAGACUUAAUUCAUGGGCCAGCUUUUCCACCCACGUCUGUAGAGGUGAAAGGCUCCUGAUGUGUGGUGCCACCUAGUACCGGGGUCAGGACACCUGCGUUCAGUUCCUAGCUCUGCCACAGACUCCCUGGGGGAGCUUGGGCCCAUCACUUAGGGAGGGAUUCACAAAAGUUCUAAGUCCCAUGGAUAGAGGAGCCCCUCUCUUGUGUAUCGGCACCUCCCCUUGGCUGGCUUAGGCAGGUCCUAACCUAGCGUGCUGGCUUUGUGGGGCACAUUCUCAGGCCCGUCUCUCCCCGUGCAUUGUAUAGGGACCCUAGGCACCGAACUCAGCUUUGUGGAUCCCAGUGUGAGCCUGUGAUUUGGUAGGCUCCGCAACGCCCAACGUCACACCGCCUAAGUCCCUUUGUGACUCCGGGCCUGAGUUUCUUUAGGCCUCAGUUUCCUGUCGGUACCAUGGCUCCUCUGGCUCGCCUGCGGGGAUUGUAGGCUCUGCAUAGCAGGGGCUGUCUCUCUCUGUGUUAUAUACAGCACCUAGCGCAAUGGGUGCCUCAUCUUUGCUGGGGCCCCCAGUCCCUACUGUCAUGGUGUAAGCUAACACUAAUGGGGAGGGGCAGCAGAUCCCAUGGCCUGCCCUCACUCUGCCGCUGACGCACCUGGGCUACCGUACAUCCUCUCACUAAGUGGCAUUGCUCCAUCCACCACACUCGCCCCACUUCUAGGGGCACCUGAGCUUGGAUUUAGGCCAGCACCUCACUCCUAGGCCAGUCCAUACUGGGUCUUCCCACUGCCCCCUCCCUUUCAUUCCAGGUACCUCCGUUUUCCUCUUGAUGCCUACUCCGAAUCUUGGCUGCUCCUGUAUAUGUCAGCCAUGGUCAUGCUCUCCUGGGGCUUGGAGAACAGCAGGGAUCUUUCUCUAGGCUGGCACUGGUGCUGCAUCAAGGAAUACGAAGCAGGAGAUGUCUCCCUUCCCCCUAUCAGCCAGUUGAUAUGUCUCACUCGUAGCCCUGAGCUCAGACAUUCUCCUGGAAGAUGGAAGGGGGAUGACUCGGGAAAGCCAGGUUAUGGAGACAAAGCCCAGGGUUUCACAGAGCUCAUGUCAUUUCUCUACUUCUGCCAGAGGCACUGACCUGGAUGUCAGACCCCUCCCUUGCACCUGAUCACACUCAUGUCACUCACCUUAGAUCCGGAGGAUGCUGAAUGCUGUGGCUUCUCUACAGACUUAUUUGUAAAGUGCUUCGGGAUCUUUGGGCCUGGAAGCGUGUGCGAGCUACUCGGUCUUGUUGCCGUCUCACUGGUUUUGAUGCAAAAAUGUUGACUCCCAAGUGGGGUUUGGGACAGCACGUUAUAAAGGAAUUAACCCCAAACUAGA